AAUACUUAAAAAAAUAUAAACAAUAUAAUAAUAGAGAUAAACUCAAAAUACCAACAUGUGACAAAUACUGUACUUUAUUAAUGUUUCAAUGGAACCAACCAAAAUAAUUUAUUGAUUUAAUUAAAAAUCAAUGUCCUCCAAAUCAAGGUUUCACAAUUCAUGGCACCCUUAAAGAUUAUUGUAAAUAACAUCUACCGAAAUUAAACCACAAUAUGCCCCCUUUAUUUAUCGCACGGUUCUGACUUGGUGUACAGGGAGAAUACUGUAAGAACGGUCUACGUUCUGAAUUCUGUCGCUGUACAUUUCAAAAGUGCUGAACAAAUAGGUAUAUUGACUAUGUCCAUCAUAGCUCAAUCAUUAAUGUCUUAACCGAAAUUAUGUAUUGUCGUGACUUAAAUGUAAUGUAAUGUCGUCCCCGUAUGCCAUCAUUUGUACAUCUCAGUAGAAACCACAUUUGUUUAAGCAAGAAAACCAUAUCAGCUAUGGUUUUUAAAAAGGCAGUAAAUGAGGCUGAAUUUUAAAAAAAUCUGCCAGACAAGGCUCCGCUGAUAGCCAGGUGUAACAGUGGUAAGGUGUUGGAACUGCUGUUGGGACUUUGUUGUUGGGACAGCUUUAUGUAGGCCCUAACAGUUAGUGGGCACCGUUUGUCACCCUUAUAGUCCAAUUAAUGCAUUGUUUAGGGUUGUGUUGUGUUAUGUAGUGGAUUUGCUGGGAUGUGUCUAAAAGCAUUUUUUUGAGUUUGCCACACCAAGAUUCACAUGCUAAAAUCACCACUGGUCAGGUGAUUCUCUUCCAUCACCAAUAUGUCACACCUGUGUGCUCUUUAUCCUGUACUCAUAAACAUUUCCAUGUUUUUGCUUUUAGGGAUGAAUACGAGGGCUUAGUUGACGUUCGGCCGGCAAGGUAGAGACGACGGGGAUGUGUUGGUGUUUUCUGCUUUCUCUGUGAUGCAUAUUAUUUACAUAUAUUUUUCUUUCUGCAUUGUUAGGAAGUAAGUAAGUAAGCAUUUCACUAUUAGUUUACACCUGUUGUUUACAAAGUAUGUGACAAAUACAAUUUCAUUUGAUAGGUGGGUUUAGCCUUGUCACUCCUUCAGCAACCGAAAAUGACCAUGAUGAAUAAAAAACAAACAGUAACAGCAUUAGCAUAUUUACCAUUACACCAUCGUUCAUAUGUAAGACAAAUCAUGUUUUCCGAUCUAAAGGACCAUUUUAGAUUUAAAUUUAGCUACACGUAACCCAAAACAGGUUACAGCAUUGAAAACAUUCACCUUUUACUUCAUUCCCUUAUCUUCUAGUGUGACCAUUAAGCUGUUCACGUCUCAAUUGUUUCCCAUCUAGCACCAUUCAGAUUAGCCUAAUAGCCCAGAAAGGUUUACACUGAUCAUAUUAAGGGUAGUUACCUCCAAUCUAGGGAACAAUUUUAAACAUCCUAUUAUUUUACUCAGUUUUGAAUUUAUUAGAAAGCUUGCUUAUCGGAAGUAUGUGUAUAUUAUUGCACUAAUGUAGUGGAACUAAGGUGUUAUUCAUGUUGAUAUGCCAGUGUUGCCACAAAUCACCUCUGAGAAACUGUAUAAAAGGACCAAUGUCUUGUAUCAAUUCACAAAAAGCCUGCAUCUCUCACUGAAGAAUAUCCAUUCACAAGUUUUGUCACCAUGAAGGUAGCUUUGUUUUCACUGGUGGUUCUCUGCGUGGCUGGGAUGCUGCGUGCUGAAGUCCUGUCCCAGUCUGACAAGAACAGUCUCACAGAAAAUGGACAGGGUUUGGGGAGAAGAUACGCAGAGUCAACCAUCGCCAGUGACAUGAGCAAAAUCAUGGACUCCAUGGUGCAGAAGAAUUUUGUCAACUUCCUGCUCAACCAGAGAGAGAAAAAGAGCAUGUCUAAUGUCACUCCAGAGGAAGAUCCAGAGGCUCGCCUGUACUACAAUCUCCUGAAAAAGCUUGCACUGUGCAUUCGCAGCAAGGGACAGAUCCAUUGAUGUUUUGAAGAAUAUCAACAAAUGAUCAACAUUGGUGGGAGAGUAAUGCAAAGAGAAGUCAACAAAAACAUGACAAUUUGGAGGAAAAUGUAUGCUAUCUAUUUUUGUGUACACAAUAUAUAUUGUAAAGUUAGAAAUAUGAAUCCAGCAUGUCUGAACUGUUUCAUAAAUAAUUGUUAAGGGGAAAUAAAAUAGCUUGAAUUAAAAAACAAAAA